CGUGCUUUUAGAUUUCCUCGGCAAAGACUAGCUUCGUUGCCGGUUUGAGGAAGAAGUUGAUUCUCUCAUUCGCGCGCGCGCUCUCUCUCUCUCUCUCUCUCUCUCUAGCCGGUCUCUCACGGCGCUUCUUCCCUGCUCCGGCGAAGAUAUAAACUUGAAUUGGGAAAGUUAAAGAGCGGAAUUUGAUGGUUAGAAAGGCGGAGACUUCACCUAGUGUUGUUUGCUUAGGAUGAACGGUGCUCCUCCCUUUUGCGAUCGGAGAGGGUUUCUGAAUCUAGGUUUAACCUCUCUCUCAUGGAAUGGCUGAUCUCGUGAGCUACGGUAGCAUCGAGCGAGACAUCGAACAGGCUCUAAUUGCUCUGAAGAAAGGAGCUCAACUCUUGAAGUAUGGUCGGAAAGGAAAGCCUAAGUUCUGUCCCUUUAGACUCUCCAAUGAUGAGACGUCUUUGAUAUGGAUCUCAAAUGGUGGAGAAAAACGUUUGAAGUUAUCUACUGUAUCUAAGAUUGUUCCAGGCCAAAGAACUGCUGUUUUCCAACGUUACCUUCGCCCUGACAAGGACUACUUAUCUUUCUCUCUCAUAUACUCCAACAGGAAGCGGACUCUUGACGUGAUUUGCAAGGACAAAGUUGAGGCAGAGGUGUGGAUAGCUGGCCUCAAAGCUCUAAUAUCUGGUCAGGGCGGCCGCGCGAAAAUCGACGGCUGGAGUGACGGCCUCUCCAUCGCUGAUAGCAGAGACUUGACAUUAGGCAGUCCUACAAACAGCUCGGUGUGUGCCUCUCGAGAUUUCAACAGCGUUGACGUUCCUUACGCUUCAACCGCCUUCUCAAAGUCUAUCAGAACAGAGAACUCCGUCAGUUCCGAAAGGUCACAUGUGCCCUCAGGCAGCCCGAACAUGUCAGUACGAGGACCUUCAACAGACGUGUUCCGCGUUAGUGUCUCCAGUGCUCAAAGCACCACUUCAAGCCACGGCUCUGGUCCAGACGAUCGUGACGCUCUAGGUGAUGUCUAUCUAUGGGGUGAAGUUCCAUCUGAUAAGAACGCUAGUUCAAAGUCUAACGUCCUGAUCCCGAAGCCGUUGGAGUCCAACGUGGUUUUAGAUGUACACCAAGUAGCGUGCGGUGUUAAGCACGCUGCGUUAGUGUCUAGGCAAGGCGAAGUGUUCACAUGGGGCGAAGAAUCCGGAGGACGUCUUGGCCAUGGGAUGGGGAAAGACGUUACUGGUGGGCCCCCACAGCUCGUUGAGUCUCUAGCUGUUUCUAGCGUUGACUUUGUCGCAUGUGGUGAGUUCCACACGUGCGCCGUUACAAUGAACGGAGAGAUAUACACAUGGGGUGACGGAACGCACAACGCAGGGCUUUUGGGACAUGGCACCGAUGUGAGUCACUGGAUACCUAAGAGAAUCUCAGGUCCUCUCGAAGGUCUUCGGAUCGCUUCGGUGUCAUGCGGACCGUGGCACACUGCGUUGAUAACAUCGACCGGACAGCUUUUUACUUUUGGAGAUGGGACGUUUGGUGUUUUAGGACACGGUGACAGGGAAGCUGUGUUUUACCCGAGGGAAGUCAAGUCUUUAUCCGGUUUGAAGACUAUUGCCGUUGCUUGCGGUGUAUGGCACGCUGCUGCGGUGGUGGAAGUCAGUUCGAGUGUUUCAUCAGGGAAGCUCUUCACAUGGGGUGAUGGCGACAAGGGCCGUCUCGGUCACGGAGACAACGAGACUCGUCUUAAACCCACUUGUGUAUCAUCUCUAAUCGACAAUGAUUUCCACAAAGUUGCGUGUGGACAUAGCUUAACAGUCGGGUUAACAACAUCUGGUAAAGUUUUCACUAUGGGUAGUACUGUCUACGGUCAGCUAGGGAACCCCACUGCUGAUGGGAAGCUUCCUUGCUUAGCAAGUAACGACUCUGUUGAAGAAGUAGCGUGCGGAGCUUAUCAUGUAGCGGUUUUAACAUCUCGGAACGAAGUUUUUACUUGGGGGAAAGGUGCUAAUGGGAGACUAGGUCACGGAGAUGUGGAGGAUCGUAACGCGCCGACUCUAGUUGAGGCUUUGAAAGAGAGACAUGUGAAAUACAUUGCGUGCGGCGCAAACUUCACGGGGGCGAUAUGUCUUCACAAGUGGGCUUCUGGCGCUGAGCAGACUCAGUGCUCAGCUUGUAAGCAGGCGUUCGGAUUCACGAAGAAGAGUCACAACUGUUACAACUGUGGUCUCGUCCACUGCCACUCGUGCAGCUCCAAGAAGUCGCUGAAGGCUUCCCUGGCUCCUAAUCCAGGGAAGCCUUACCGCGUCUGCGAUUCGUGUUACUCCAAACUCAGCAAAGCCUCGGAAGCUAGCAGCGUUAUGCCGCGGCUUUCUGGGGAGAACAAAGACAGGUUGGAUAAAGCCGAGCUGAGGCUGGCGAAAUCUGGAAUACCGUCGAAGAUUGAUUUGAUCAAGCAGCUGGAUAGCAGGGCGGCUAGACAAGGGAGGAAGGGGGAGACGUUCUCUCUUGUCAGAACUUCUCAGACGCCUUUGUUACAGCUUAGGGAUGCUUUGAGUAAUGUGGCUGACUUACGGCGUGUGCCGCCAAAACCUGCAGUAGCAGUAACUCCAUCUGGAGGGAACUCUAGAUCUGUGUCGCCUUUCUCGAGGAGAUCUAGUCCUACUCGUUCGGUUACUCCCAUUCCUUCAAUGGCUGGUAUUGGCUUUUCAACUAGUGUAACUGAGAGUUUGAAGAAAACUAAUGAGCUUUUGAAUCAGGAAGUGGUCAGAUUGCGUGCUCAGGCCGAAAGCUUGAGGCAGAGAUGUGAGGUCCAAGAACUUGAAGUCCAAAAGUCUCUGAAGAAAGCACAAGAAGCAAUGAAACAGGCAUCAGAGGAAUCCGCCAAAUCAGAAGCUGCAAAAGAAGUUAUAAAAUCUCUUACAACACAGCUGAAGGAUAUAGUGAAGCUACUACCACCUGGCGCUCACGAAGCCGAGACCGCAAGAACAACUAAUUUGCUGAAAGGUUUUGAGCAAAACGGGAUUCAUUUUGCUAAUGCAAAGGGACAGCGUUCAUCACGAUCUGAUUCAGUGAGCGACACCCCUCUUACAUCGCCUUUGACCCCUCCCUCACGUUCGAUGAAUGGACUCUGGAGAAGCUCCCAGUCGCCAAGAAACACAGACGAGCUUCAAAGCGACGGUGUUAGAAUCAGUAAUGGUUUCUCAGAAGAUGGUGACACUCGCAGAAACUCGAGAAGCUCGGUAGCAACAUCAAAUGCCUCUCAAGUGGAGGCUGAGUGGAUCGAACAGUAUGAGCCUGGUGUUUAUAUCACACUACUGGCCUUAGGAGAUGGAACCAGAGAUCUCAAACGUGUGCGCUUUAGCCGGAGAAGAUUCAAGGAACAACAAGCAGAGGCAUGGUGGACAGAGAACCGAGAAAGAGUAUACGAAAAGUAUAACAUUCGUGGUACGGAUAGACCAAGUGUGCAAUCACAGUUCCAGACAUGAUCCAACUAAACAACGAAAGCAACAGGCAUAGGAAGCGGUCUUUUUGCACUGUAUAUUAUAGAGAAUAUCUAUUGUGUUGUUUACAAAGAGUGUGUCGUGAGUUUGAUAAUUUAUUACUAAUCAACUCCAGUCUGAUGUAUGUGCUAACUUCAUGAUGUUUAGGUUUUUCUUGACUACACUGCACUCAGUUUCUCUUUUCUAGUUAUCAUCGUUUUGGCUA